CCCGCCGCCCCUCGUGCACCGGGGGCGCUGCGCGGGCGCCGAGCCUUCGCGGGCUUUGCCGCCGCCGCCGCCUGUGCGGCCGCCGCCGCUGGUGGGAGAGACGCGGGGUUGGGGGGGGAGGAGGGCGCGCGUGGUGCCGGCGGGGAGCGGCGGCGCCCCCCCCUCCUCCUCCUCCGCCUCCUCCUCCUCCGGCGCCGCGGGCUCCUCGGACAUGGCCGCGGCGGUGGCGGUGGCGGCCGCGUCCCGGCGGCAGUCGUGCUACCUGUGUGAUCUGCCCCGCAUGCCCUGGGCCAUGAUCUGGGACUUCACCGAGCCCGUGUGCCGUGGCUGCGUCAACUACGAGGGCGCCGACCGCGUCGAGUUCGUCAUCGAGACGGCGCGGCAGCUCAAGCGGGCGCACGGCUGCUUCCCGGAGGGCCGCUCCCCGCCCGGCGCCGCGGCCCCGGCCGCCGCCAAGCCGCCGCCGCUCUCGGCCAAGGACCUCCUCCUGCAGCAGCAGCAGCAACAGCCGCCGCCGCUCGGCCACGGCGGCCCCGAGGCCGCCCCGCGCGCCUCGCAGGCUCUGGAGCGCUACCCUCUGGCGGCCGCCGCGGCCGAGCGGCCUCCGCGCCUGGGCUCCGACUUCGGCGGCAGCCGCCCGGCCGCGAGCCUGGCCCAGCCGCCGACGCCGCAGCCGCCGCCCGUGAACGGCAUCCUGGUGCCCAACGGCUUCUCCAAGCUGGAGGAGCCGCCCGAGCUGAACCGCCAGAGCCCGAACCCGCGGCGCGGCCACGCCGUGCCGCCCACCCUGGUGCCUCUCAUGAACGGCUCGGCCACGCCGCUGCCCGCCGCGCUCGGCCUGGGCGGCCGUGCCGCCGCCUCGCUGGCCGCCGUGUCCGGGGCCGCGGCCGCCGGCCUGGGCUCGGCGCAGCCUGCCGAACUGGGCGCCCACAAGCGGCCGGCGUCCGUGUCGAGCGGCGCGGCAGCGGAGCACGAGCAGCGCGAGGCGGCGGCUAAGGAGAAGCAGCCGCCGGCGGGCUCGCACCGCGGCCCAGCCGACAGUCUGUCCUCGGGGGCCGGGGCGGCCGAGCUGGGCACCGAGGGCGCGGGCAAAGGCCGCGGGCCCGGCGAGCAGGACUGGGUCAACCGGCCCAAGACCGUGCGAGACACGCUGCUGGCGCUGCACCAGCACGGCCACUCGGGGCCCUUCGAGAGCAAGUUUAAGAAGGAGCCGGCCCUGACUGCAGGCAGGUUGUUGGGUUUCGAGGCCAACGGGGCCAACGGGUCUAAAGCAGUUGCAAGAACAGCAAGGAAAAGGAAGCCUUCUCCAGAACCAGAAGGUGAAGUCGGGCCCCCUAAGAUCAAUGGAGAGGCACAGCCGUGGCUGUCCACGUCCACAGAAGGGCUCAAGAUCCCCAUUACUCCUACAUCCUCUUUCGUGUCUCCACCACCCCCCACUGCCUCACCUCAUUCCAACCGGACCACACCGCCUGAAGCGGCCCAGAACGGCCAGUCCCCCAUGGCAGCCCUAAUCUUGGUAGCAGACAAUGCAGGGGGCAGUCAUGCCUCGAAAGAUGCCAACCAGGUGCACUCCACCACCAGGAGGAACAGCAGCAGCCCACCCUCGCCGUCCUCUAUGAACCAGAGAAGGCUGGGCCCCCGAGAGGUGGGGGGCCAGGGGGCAGGCAGCACAGGAGGACUGGAGCCAGUGCACCCCGCCAGCCUCCCGGACUCCUCGCUGGCGGCCAGCGCCCCGCUGUGCUGCACCCUGUGCCACGAGCGGCUGGAGGACACCCACUUUGUGCAGUGCCCAUCCGUCCCUUCGCACAAGUUCUGCUUCCCUUGCUCCAGACAAAGCAUCAAACAGCAGGGAGCCAGUGGAGAGGUCUAUUGUCCCAGUGGGGAAAAAUGCCCCCUUGUGGGCUCCAAUGUCCCCUGGGCCUUCAUGCAAGGGGAAAUUGCAACCAUCCUUGCUGGAGAUGUGAAAGUGAAAAAAGAGAGAGACUCGUGACUUUCCGGUUUCAGAAAAACCCAAUGAUUACCCUUAACUAAAACUGCUUGAAUUGUGUAUAUAUCUUCACAUAUAUAUAUAUCCAAGACAAGGGAAAUGUAGACUUCAUAAACAUGGCUGUAUAAUUUUGAUUUUUUUGAAUACAUUGUGUUUCUAUUUUUUUUUCUUUUUGACGACAAAAGGUAUGUACUUAUAAAAGCAUUUUCUUCUUUUGUUAACGUUAUUAGCAUAUCUUUGUGCUUUAUUAUCCUGGUGACAGUUACCGUUCAAUGUAGGCUGUGACUUGGCUGCUUUUUUAGAGCACUUGGCAAAUCAGAAACGCUUCUAGCUGUAUUUGUAUGCACUUAUUUUAAAAAGAAAAAAAAAAGCCAAAUACAUUUUCUGACGUCGUAAGAUUGCCUUACUGUCUGUUAUUCCUUAUUGCUGGCCCCUUUCUCAGGCUGGAGGCCAAGUGGUGGAGAAGGAAAGGAAAUGAGCAAAAGGGGCACUGUUGUGAAGUGGGCAUGCCACUGGGAAAUGUCACCAAGUUUCCCCCCAAACGUUGUCCUUUGAGAGUAACAGGAAACCGAUUUUGAAUCUUUCUCGAUUUUGGAUUUUGUUCUUAAAGUUCAGUUGUUCGGCUGUUGAUGACUGCCUGAGAGUUGCUGCUGAGAGAUUUUUCAGGACUGGGCCUGGGGGGUGGGGGGGGAUUUUUUUGUUUUGUUUUAAGGCAAAGUUGACCACUGUUCACUGCCCAUGUGAUCAGUUGUAAGAUUACAAUGCUGCAUGCUAGUCGGUUGCAUAAUACACAAUCCAGUGACUCAAGGCAGUGAUAACGGAUGGUGGUGAGGACAAGAUGGCCCUGCCAUCUUUGCCUGGAGCCUGGCUCUGCAGCGCCACUUGAUCUUUCGAAACACCCUGGAGCACUCUGUCUGUCGUUGGCUGUGGUCGUUUUCCUUUGAAGAGUCGAAAGAGAAGUUACAGUCCAGGUGAACUUGGAGAUUGUGGGAUUGGUUUCGUUUCUGUUUUGUGUUUUGUUGUUUUAUCAUUUACCUGUAGCCCCAUUGCUGUUGAUAUGAUGACCUACACCCCGUUUGUAGUGAGUGCUAAAUACAGUAUGGUACAAUGACAGUAACAGCGCAGGGUGCUGCCAGGACUGCCCGUGGGCAUAUCAGUGACAGCCCAAAUGGGGGUGGAGGAAACCUGUAAUUUCCUUCUUACAUGUGUUUGAAAUACCAAGUGAAUAAUACUGUUCUUCUGGGCAAAUAUGAUAAACUAGCGAAAAUUAAAGAAAGGGUUUUACAUAAUAGACAGGCCCCACUUCUCAAACUAUUUUUAGAAACCUUUUGUAAACUAAUUUCUUUUGAUUACUAUUUUGCAUCAGUAAAGUGAGUUUUUUUAAACCAAUAAAUCAUCAGUUAUUAGAAAUAGUUGUCUCACAGUGAUACUGGUUUUUCUUCUGUGCUGUUAUGAUUUAACAUUGACAGGAACACUACUUUAAAUCCUUUCAUGUUCAGGUGUUUGUAACUUGGCCCUCUAAUUAGGCUGAAUCAUGGCUUCGAGGUCUACUACAACUUCUGUGUAUUGUUCCCAACCGAGCUUUUAUUUUAAUUUGAAAAUACAGAUUGUUACCCACUUUGGAUCCUUCUUCAGUUAUGUUUUUGUCUUUCAUUUUUAAAUUGCUCAAAUAUUUUUUAAUGGUCGAGUCAUUAGCACUUGAAAAUCAGAUACUGCACCAAAUACAAUAUUUUUUUCAUGGUGUUUUUAAUGAGCGCACCUAUUAAUACUGUGCAAAUUCACGUUACCCGUCAUUGUUAUAUUGCAAACAGACUUGCAUGAUUAACCAGUUUGUUGUUACACUUUUUUUUUUAAUUGGAGUAUCUGUGACUCAGAGCAGACUGGUUUCUCUUAUGUAAAUGCACACAUGCAGAAACACAGUCAAUUUUACAUGCCCAUAAAGACAUUUGUAAAGAAUUCAACUUA